CCAAUCUUCCUUUAGAAGAAAAAGGUCGCAUUUGAAGCUUGACCAUAGAGGUUGUAUUUUUAUGCUACACUUCUCUAACUUAAAAGUUCAUGUAAGAGGGAUUAUCCUAAAGAUGCAGGGAACAUAGUGUUUUAUGUUGGUUGAUUAUUUCUAUUUCCUCCCUUAUAAAAAAAAAGGUUUCUAUUUCCUUUUUUCGAAUCAUUUUGUUCCUGAGCCAGGAAGAGGUCUUGGAGUUUAGUUUGUUUGAAUUACAUGCCACUUAAAAAAAAGAGGAAGGGAAUCCCAUUUCCUUUUUGAUCAUGGAUGAGUUAUUGUUACUAAAGGGAAAAUUUUGGUUAUGAGGUACUUCAUGAAAAUUGUAGAUUGUUUUCACUUUCAGCAACUCUCUUACAUAACCUUAUUUCUUAUAUCCUUUAUCAAAAUUUUGUUUCUUUUUUCUUAACUAUGAUGAACUUGGUUCCUUCUUCAUUUAUUUGCCCACUGAUCUUUUACUGUUUGGACAAAAUCUCCAACCUCACCUUGGGUGUUAAAAUACUGUAGUUGCUGUUAUGGUACCAAACUGCAUAGGAGAGAGGUGAUAAGGCUCCCUACUUAUGUCAAAUAUCCUAUUAGCUAGCUGACCUUGUAAUGAAUUAGAAUGAUUGGGCUUUAAACAGGACUUAAGAAAUUCUAUGGAAUUAGUUCUGACAAUAUAUCCAUCUCAGAAGGGUAGGAAAAUAGAAAAAGAGGAGAGACCUAAAGGUGCUUAAAGUAAUUUUAUAAUAUUAACAAGCAGCUAAAAAGAGUAUGCUAAUUCAAAAACUCAUUCUACUAAUACAAAAUGUCAUGUGCCGUUUAUGGUAUAGCCCUUAGUUUUUGAUUUCUGUCUCUGUUGAGGUCCUCGAUGAUGGUAGAGAAUAUCUUUGAUGUACCUAUGCUGGCUACAUUAUCAGUUUACUUAUUUGAAUAACUACAGAGGAGUCAAAGUGGAGAGAUCGGUACGAUGAUUGAGUGGUCAAAGUGAUACUCAAUAAAUAGUUAAAUUAAUACAAAAUGCUGGGUCCUAUAUUUCUGUAUGAAUUUCAGGAAUUGUCUGAUGUUAUGGCCACUAAGUUAUAAUUUACUCAUAUUCAGCAUUUGCUGCUAGCUGUUAUUUGGUGCUGUGACAUGUAUAUCUCAUGGCUUUCUUCCACUGUUCGGUUAGAGUCAUUUGCUUGUGUGCAAAUUUGCAGAUUUUAUCCACGACUGAAAAUGGGUCAGAUAAUUUGUUUCCUCGAAGCCAAGCCUGGAUUUGGUGCUUCGUGAAUGAUUUCCAAAUAACGAAGAAUACAAACCUUUCUAAAGGAGAGAAAGCAAUUGAUACCAUUGGAGCCUGUUUGGUUGGUAUUUGGAUGUUACAAGAAUAGAGAGCUUGUCGUUAGGGAGAUACUAUUGGUGAAAGUGAAGCUAGUAGCCGACAAGUUCACUAUAGUUGAUUCAGUUAUUGAGGUGAGCCGCCGCAUUGUUCGUGGGGGCUGCUCAAUGAGUCUUUAUCAUUUAUUCAUAUGAGCUUUCUCCUAAAUGGGACGGCAGUGGGAAAGAGGAAUAUUGAGUUAAUGGACCCUGGACCUCAGCUUCCAACUCCUGUAUCUCAAAUGCUUAAAUUUGGAACGAAUCUUCUUCAAGCUGUGGGCCAAUUUAAUGGAAAUUAUGUCAUAGCUGUCGCCUUCAUGCGUGAGAUCUCUACCCCUGUCGAGGCCACGCUCCCUGAUUAUGAGCAGCCUCCUGUUUCUUCUGUUGAUCCAGAUUCUGAGAUUAUUGAGGGGCCAUCAAGAAUUUCUCUGAAUUGCCCCAUAAGCUUCAGACGUAUUAAAAUUCCAGUGAAAGGACAUUCUUGCAAAUAUCUUCAGUGUUUUGACUUUGAAAACUAUGUCGACAUAAAUUCAAGGAGACCAUCAUGGCGUUGUCCUCAUUGUAAUCAGCAUGUGUGUUUCACUGAUAUUCGUAUUGAUCAAGAUAUGUUCAAGGUUUUGAAAGAGGUGGGUGAUGAUGUCAUAGAUGUCAUGAUAUCCUCAGAUGGUUCAUGGAAAGCGAUUAUGGAAAGUGAUGACCAUACUGAGAAGCCCAAGGAUAAACCCCUGACUUUGCUCAAGAUAGUCCACAGCGAGGUUCUGAUGGGCUUUCAAAUGUCCACAGUGAUGUUCUAGAUCUUACUGAGAUAGAUGA